CACAACUCCUGAGCACACAGCGGGAAACCUUUGCACUCUGACUCUGUGCUGUGUUCUAGAGAUGCUACGCCGUGGCUCAUGUAGAUGUGCUAUCUGCUAGACGGAUCGACAACAUCUUGCACGUGUGCACGUUUUUGAUGGCUCCAGUUUAAGCUCCUUUUUUUUCUGGGGGUUUGUAAUUUGAUUACAGCGCACUUCCUGAAGUCAUUCAACACUGAGGCUGGCUUUAAAAAAGCAAGAGAUCCAGCUCACCACCAAUCGCUCCUGGGGAACGACAGCAGCACAAGCAACAAUGGCUGACUCUACAGAUGGGUGUGAAACUCAGAUUCCAGACUUCAAACUGAUCCCACACCGAGGUUUCUACCUAAUCUCUGGGAUCCAUUCUCCAAAGGAAGUGGAUCAGAUCCAGAACUGGGAGAUCCGAGACUCAGACAUCUUUGUCAUAACUUACCCCAAAUCAGGGACCAUCUGGAUGCAGCAGAUUCUGAGUCUGAUAGAAGCAAAGGGAGACGUCGCGGCCACAAUGGGCCAGCUGAACUCCGAACGCAUCCCUUGGAUCGAGCUGAUCGGCAGCAAGAAGGAGUUCGUCUCCACCCCCUCGCCUCGCUUCCGCGUCUCUCACCUAGCCUACAAGUUCGCCCCCCAAGAGCUGAAACAGAAAAGAGGCAAGGUGAUAUACGUGGCAAGAAACCCGAAAGACAUCCUAGUGUCCUACUACCACUUCCACUCAUACGCUACCAUGCUGGAGACGCCCAAGGACUUCGAUGACUUUUUCGAGAAGUUUAUGGAAGGAAAAGUGUUUGGGAACCGUUGGUUUGAGCACAUCAAGGCCUGGUACUCGCACAGAGAUGACAUGAACUUCCUGUACGUAACAUACGAGGACAUGAUUCAGGACUUGAGGUCGGUGGUGGACAGGAUCUGCUCCUUUCUGGAGAAGAACCUGACUGUUGAACAGAAGGAGAACGUGGUCGAGCACAGUACCUUCAAGAACAUGAAGAAGAACCCCAGCGCCAACUACGAACCCGUGUCCUCCUCGCUCCUCAACCACAAGAAGGGCUCGUUCAUGAGGAAAGGGACCGUAGGUGAUUGGAAAAACUACUUCACUGUGGCUCAGAACGAGAGAUUUGAUCUUGCCUUCCAAGAGACGAUGAGAGACCUACCACUCACAUUCCUGUGGGACAUCAAAGAUAUCACUGCAUCAUUGGCUCCUCACAGUUAAAGCUGGCACAACCCAACAAAGCUGAAAUCAAGCUGCUGUGUGCAACAUGCUUCAAAAUCGCAAUGAAGACACCAAUUCAGAAUAAUGCUGGAAGAUUCACUAAUCAUCUCAAACUGACUGGAAUCAACUCAGACCACAGGCAUAGUACUGCUGUGUUUUGAAGGGGAAGUGUGGAGUCCUCAUUGACUAUACCCUGAACAAUAGAGAUUACUUUAAUAUCAGUUAAAGACUUGAGUUAAACAGCCAGAAAAGAAAAUCAUUUCUGUCAAAUGGACAUUCUUGCUCAAGUCUGUCCAAGGUUGGUGAAAGUGAUACUGAUACAUUCACUGUUGAAGUCCCUUUCCUCAGUAUAUUAUUGAUCUGUGGUCUUGCAAAACAAGUGAUUUGACAAUGAGUCAGCAGCGGUGGAACACAACUGGCCUUGUUCCACCAGGGUUUGGUAGGUUUUUUUCAGCUGGGGUUCGCUAUUUUAAAUGCUCUCAGUGGUGUACAACUCAUUAGGCACCUGUGAGCUGCUCAGAUGACAUCAGGGAGGCAUGCCUCUAUCAUCUGCUCAGCAUUUGGUCUCCUGGUGAACUGUGGGACUUGUAGUUUGAAAGGUAGUCAUUGUUAGUGAGGACUGCUUUCACUGUACACCAGCAGACCUACAUGAGCGCAGAGGAUGUCAUCAUGAGACCAGCCUAUGUACAAUUGGUUAUUCCAAAACGUGGUGAAUAAGCACAGGAAAAAGGAUUAGAAAAUGACCUGAUUAAUGUGAAAAGACUCACACAAGAGAAAUAAAGCUGCGAUGUGCUCUCUCGGGCCCCUUUCAGUUCACCAAAGGCUUUCAAAAACACAGUGCAGCCAUUAACACUCAAGUUCCUGCCCUUCCCUUGAUCUCCUCUUCCCUCCCUGUCUGACCUUCCCUUUGGCAUGGUUUCAGCAUAUUUCCUCCCAUUAUUGACACAAAGGCAGGAAUCUGCCGCCUCCGGAGCCUUCAGGCAGCGUCUUCUCAGCGUUUGUAAAACAGUAGUGUCUUCGCCGUGUUCUCUUGCGCAAUCCCCGCACCUAGCUCUUGCCUUUCCACCAGGCUGUCCUUGUGCUCCCAGGAGCCACUGGGAGGUCAUAUGCGCACGCCCAUUACAGGCGUCAACACAACAUUACUAACAACGCUUAUUUAUGCAUCAGCCUUCUGUAUCAAAUGUUUGCUCUUUUGCAGAGCAACCUUAACUGGUUGGAUAAGCACCCAUUUAUAAUACACCCAGACACCACUGUAAGGGGAUAUAGCCUUUGGGCACUGGCUGCCAGCUAUCUGCUGAGUGAUAACAUGGUAACUUUUGGCAAGAUUUUCUUGAAUUAAUUUAAAUUUCUAUAUUCUUAAAAAGACUGAUAUUCUAAGUGCAGAAAUCCCACUCCAAUCAUGACCACCCCCCCCCCCCACAAAAAAAUAUAGGACUUGUUUAUUUCUGCAGUAAAAAGUUAUCUGUAUUUAUCAAAACCACUAUUCCCCUGCACAAGGCUCUGUAUGGAGCAGACAUAGUGCAGUACUGCCCCCUGCUGGCUGCUCACAUUGCCUGCAACGGUGUCACCCCACCUCCCUCAAGACUGGGUUAUGUUUCUUGCUGUUAGCACAGCCAAAGUGGACGCACAAACAAACUGACAUAAUUGUAACCAAAACAAAGGGUCACACUUCGCUGCUCUCAAGUGUCGUGCUGUUUGCCGUGCACAGCCCAGAUUUUCUAACAAUGCUGAGGGCAAUGCAGUUAAUGGAAGGAGGCGUUUCCAAGCUAAACUGCUUCCCUUUCAUCACUACAGAAAAGCGUAAUAAAUGUGAAGGCUUCUCGGCUCACAGAGGAUUCUUUGGUGCCAGCAAGCAAGCUGGAA